CGCUAUGGCCGCUUUGACCCCGAGGACCAACGCAGCCGUCACUGCCCCUACCUGGACACCAUCAACAAGAGCGUGCUGGAUUUUGACUUUGAGAAGCUCUGCUCCAUCUCGCUGUCCCACAUCAACGUCUACGCCUGCCUGGUGUGUGGGAAAUACUUCCAGGGCCGGGGGCUGAAGUCGCACGCCUACAUCCACAGCGUGCAGUUCAGCCACCACGUCUUCCUCAACCUCCACACCCUCAAGUUCUACUGCCUGCCUGACAACUACGAGAUCAUCGACUCCUCUCUGGAGGACAUCACGUAUGUGCUGAAGCCCACCUUCACCGCGCAGCAGAUCAGCAACCUGGACAAGCAGGCCAAGCUGUCCCGCGCCUACGACGGCACCACUUACCUGCCCGGCAUCGUGGGGCUCAACAACAUCAAAGCCAACGACUACGCCAACGCCGUGCUGCAGGCUCUGUCCAACGUCCCCCCGCUGCGGAAUUACUUCUUGGAGGAGGACAACUACAAGAACAUCAAACGGCCUCCCGGGGACAUCAUGUUCCUCCUGGUGCAGCGUUUUGGGGAGCUGAUGAGGAAGCUGUGGAACCCCCGCAACUUCAAGGCUCACGUCUCGCCCCACGAGAUGCUGCAGGCCGUGGUGCUGUGCAGCAAAAAGAAUUUCCAGAUCACCAAGCAAGGGGAUGGGGUGGAUUUCCUCUCGUGGUUCCUCAACGCGCUGCACUCGGCCCUGGGUGGCACCAAGAAGAAGAAGAAAAGUGAGUGGGGGCCGUGGCCUUUGUCACCCCUCCCGUGGCCUUUGUCACCCCUCCCGUGGCCUUUGUCACCCCAAUGCUGUCCUCGUGCUCCUUAUGUCACCCCCUGUGCCCCUCUGUCAGCCCUUUCCCACCCCCUUGGUCACCCCUCGUGCCUUUUUGUCACCCCCCACGUUGCCCCUUGUGCCCCUUUGGUCACCCCUCAUCCCUCCUUUCUCACUUCCUUUGCUCUCUGUGGCUCUCCUUGUCACCCCGUGUCCCUUUUGUCACCCUUUUGCCACCCCUGUGCCUCCCUGUCACCCCUUGUGUUACUCCCUGUGGCCCCUCUGUCACCCCUCAUGCCCCUCUGUCACCCCUUGUGUCACUCCCUGCACUCCUCUGCCACUUAUUAUGCUCCUCUGUCACCCUUCUUGUCACCCCACGUCCCUUUUGUCACCCCUUUGCCACCCCUGUGCCCCACUGUUACCCCCUUGUCACUCCUGUGCCCCUUUGGUCGUCACCUCUCUGCCACCCCCUGCCCCUUGUCACUCCCAUGUCACCCCUGUGCCCCAUGUCACCUCAUGUCACUCCCUCUGUCACUUCCAUGCUCCUCAUCACUGUCUGCCACCCCCCCAUGCUUCCUAACACCUUGUCACUCCCUUGUCACCCCCUCUGCCACCCCUCGUGCCCCUGUUGUCACCCUUCUGCCACUCCUGUACCUCAUGUCAUCCCUUUGUCACCCCCAUGUCACCUCCGUGCCACCCCCAUGCCCCAUGUCACCCCUCUGCCAUCACAGUGCCCCUCUAUCACCCUUCUGUCACCCCAGCACCCUGCAUCACCGCAUGCCCCUCUAUCACCCCUCUGUCUCCCUUCUGCCCCCCUUUAGCACCCCCAUGUCACCCCUCC